AUGCGUCAAUCCCCCGCGUCUCUCUACGUCGACUCAAUGCAUAGCAACACACUCACGGACCACCCCCUUACGCAUCGAAGCAGCCGCGAUGAACUGGCGUAUCGCAAGCGGAAGCUGACCGAGCGCGGGCAGUAUGAACAGGCCGCGAUGGCGGAGGAGGAGGCGACCCAACGCGACCACGAAGGCAAGGCUGGCGCAGAAACGAAAGAGUACUACUGGGCAAUCUUCUGUGUGGUACUGGGCUACUUGGCCGCGCACGCUCUUGUGUUCAACUACUAUUAUCCAGAUGACUUGCGGCCCAAUUACUCACCCGACCGGGGCUAUUUUGACGAUGUGGCGGCGCGGAGGGAGGAACUGCAGGCAGUAGACGAGAUGGUGGGCCUGUCGGUGCUGGAGAGCGUGUAUAGCAAGCGCAAAGCUGCCGUGAAACGCCGACUGGAGGGAAACUAA